UCUCGCAUCUUUAUCGUUUCGAAAGGUCGCGCGCUUGCGCGGUAUUAUAUGCACUUGCCGACAGGUGGCGCGGAAGGGCGCUCGCCGGACGCACCUGUCGGACCGGCAAUCUCACGUGCUCUGGAUGAUUCGUGCGCGGGCGAGAUCGCGAGAUCUCGCUGGUUCGGUCACGUGACACCGUACUUCCACAGUUAUUUUUUCAGGCAUGAUGGCGCCAAACGCCAGUAUUCACUUUUAUGUAAAUAUAUUAUUGAUUUGGUGCGUACCGCGAUCGAGCACGAGCGUUCGCCGUAACGCAGCCGGCCGUCGUAAGUAGCCGCGUCGCGGGGUAGCGCGCGGACCGCCGGCGGAGUGAGUAACGGACUGGCCUGUGCCGCCCGCCUGGAAUCGCUAAUGAGGACAUGUUGGUUAGGCUGCCGUGACAGAGAGAGAGAGGACGAGGCCGUUACGCACUUGCAGGCAGGAGCCCGUCGGCGUGUUCGCGGCGGCUCGGGAGCGCGCACGGCGACCGCCGGCGGCCCCGCGGCCGGUUUCACGCCCGCUCGCGAUCACGUGCCGCCUCGCGCGCGGAAAUAUAUCCGGCUAAUAGAUCAAUAAUAAGGUAUUUAAUGGUCUUCCCGAGUGUGUGUGUGUGUGCGCGCGGGGGAGACUUGUGGUGGAGUGCGCGCGACGCUGCUGCCAUCUGUAUUGUCAAUGUUGUCGGGCAGCAGCAGCAGCAGCAGGAGCACCAGCAGCAACGUAAUGGAGCCGUGAGCAUUCUCGUAAGCCGUACGCAAUUGCAUCACCGUGCCGACCCGUGAUCAUCCCGUGUGUAUACAAUGAGAUUUAACGCCGCCCGCGGCCCGCUCGUCCGUCGACACGUGCAUUCUGAAAAUAAUCUGCUUUCCAGAUAAUAAAUAUAUGGAUAACUAUGUAGGUGUACACAGUUCACCUGCAUGUGCCACGUACCACUAGCUUAUUUGGCAUAGUAGAAUGGCACAACGAGGCAAGAGGCAUAGAAACGACAAUGAUCUGGCGUCUUGUCCGGGCGCUAUUAAAAGGCGCAAAUGUAGAUUGGGCUCAGCUGCCACUGGUUCAUCGGCACUGGCAGCGACCAUGGGGCCCUCAGAAGAAGAGGAAACGAUGGCGUCAUCCAGCCAAGGGGGGGCACCCUGGACCGCCCGAUCUGUCAGCGAUAUCAAGAUUCCUAGUAUAUACAAUCGAUCAUCCGCGGAAGCGCCAGCGGAGUUAUUUCGUAAAGACCUGAUCAGCGCUAUGAAAUUGCCAGACAGUGAACCAUUGAGUCCAAACGAGUAUUGGGUUAUAACUGAUCAGUGGAAACAGGAGUGGGAAAGGGGUGUUCAAGUACCCGUUAAUCCGGAUUCUCUUCCCGAACCAACGGUCACUGUUACUCAGGCAUCUCCUUUGAAGUUACAAGCUGAAUUUAAAUUGCCUAAAAAGUUAGUAAGAAUAUCUCGUGAUGAUUAUUUUAACUCGGAGGAUCAUCACUUAAGUACUACUCCGGCAAGAGCAGAGAAAGCCUGUGCUUACGACCUCGAUGACACUGACAUUGCCUGGUUGGAAGUAUUCAAUGGUGAACGAGCACAGGCUGGACAACCGCCGGUUACAGAAUCGCAGUUGGAACGAGUCAUAGAAGAAUUGGAAGUGCGAUGUUGGGAAAGGAUUCAAACAAUCGUGAAAAAUGAGGAAGGGCUUGGGAUUGAAUAUGAUGAAAAUGUCAUUUGUGACGUUUGCAGAUCGCCGGACUCCGAGGAGGGUAACGAGAUGGUGUUUUGUGAUUGUUGCAACAUAUGUGUACAUCAGGCUUGUUACGGUAUUACUUCAAUACCCGAUGGCUCUUGGUUGUGUAGAACUUGUUCGUUAAGUCAAAGACCCGAUUGUGUAUUAUGCCCUAAUAAGGGUGGUGCAAUGAAGUGCACACGGAGCGGUCAAAAAUGGGCUCACGUCUCGUGUGCACUUUGGAUUCCCGAAGUUAGCAUUGGUUGUGUAGAAAGAAUGGAACCAAUAACAAAAAUAUCCAGUAUUCCGCAAAGUCGAUGGGCCUUAAUUUGCGUUUUAUGCCGCGAACGUGUGGGUGCUUGCAUCCAGUGCAGUAUAAAAACCUGUAAGACAGCGUAUCAUGUUACGUGCGCUUUUAAAUAUGGGUUAGAAAUGAAGGCUAUUAUCGAGGAUGAAAUGGCAGACGACGGUGUAAAAUUAAGGUCGUAUUGUCAAAGGCAUAGUAGAACAAAUACAAAAGACAAAGUCGGCGUUGGUGGUAGCGUGGGAAGUGGUGGAAAGGGUGGGUCAGAUUCCGAGGAUGGUGAAUCUAGACGACGAAAACGGAAGGACAUGACUUCUGAGGAAAAAAAUCAAGCACGCGCAGCUAAGCUGCAAGAAAUCGAAGCGGAAUUUGAUAAGCAUGUUAGUAUAAAGGACAUUACUUCCCAGCAAUUGGAUAUAGAUCCUGAUAGCAUCAUAUACAUAUAUAACUAUUGGAAACUGAAGAGACGAGCCGGUCAUAAUAAACCAUUGUUAGCUCCUCGUUGCGGUGAACUUUCGAGCGCGGGAGCACGCGCUCAGGGUCAAGCAGCCGAUGUAGAAAAAAUGCGUACGUUUGUCCAGCUGCGACAAGAUCUGGAACGCGUGCGAAAUUUGUGUUACAUGGUCGGCCGUCGCGAGAAACUCUGUCGCACUUUCUUGAGAUUGCGCGAACAAACCUUUCACAAGCAGGCAAUGGUGAUGGCCGGACCGCCGCUAUCUCCGACGACGGCCGCAGCUAUUGUCGAGGCCAAUCACGGACCUUCAAUAUACGAUCGUCUCUACUCCCAUACCGAUGCCGAAGAUCACACACAUGACUUUAAUACAAUACUCGCUCGAAUUAAGGUUGAAUCACCCACGCCAGCGUCUAACGACGAGAAGAAAGUACAACCAGACUUCAAUGGUGCGUCCAAUAAGAAACCCUACUUUAACGGUUCGGUCAGAGGGAAGAGCCUGUAUGGCAGCGAUUUGUCGUCUAUGAGUAGUAGCGAAACGGACGCGGUAAAACCGGAAAGAAAAACAACCGGCAAAUGUACGAACAAGUCUAAGAAUUUGAAGGUUGAGACCGAAACAAGCUCAGAAGAUGAAGGAAAUGCAAUGGCGAAGAACAAAACUCCAGCCAGACGGAAAACAAAGAAGAACGUGCCAGACAGGUCACGAGCCAAACUGCGCGAUAGUAGCGAGAGCGAUAAGCUAGACUUGGUGAACAGACGUACUCUACAGCAUAUGGAGCUUGGUAGUUCCGGCAGUGAAAGUGACGCAUUGUUGCCAUUGAGCACUAACGCCGGUUCUCGUCUUGGUCCAUCAGUAGCUUCUGCUAUAUACUCGGACACUGAUUCGGAUUCGCAGGAGCAUCAUUCCCACUCGGCUGUACUUAUCACAAAAGCUGCGGUGAAGGAAUUCUCAGCGGCGGAUAUAUCGAAGAAUACACAGAAGAACUUUACGUGUAAGGAUGCUGCAAGAUCAGACUAUCAGGAUGAAUCCACGAAGAACAAGGAGAACGUGAAAAAUUCCAAAAAGAAAGAAUACAUACCAUCCUCUCUAAUAGUCCCGCAGCGACAAGCGGCAAAGAAGGCAUCGGAGAUCAUGCAGCGGACACAGGGUAAGAAGGAGAAUACCGCAAGCGAGCCGGUAGAGUUCGUCAAGUCGCCUGGAGAACCUCUGAAACCAACUAAGGAGAAGCCGUCUGGCAAGAAACAGCGCGACAACAAAACACCGAAGGACACUAAGAAUAACGACGUUUAUGAUUUUGACAAGGAGUUUGGCGACGGUACAGAGAUCCUUGCUUACGUGCCGCAACGGCAAGCUGCAAAGAAAGCCGCGGAGCACAUCAAGAGUGGCAUGGGCACGAAACCCGCUCCACCGGAUCUUGAGACUACGGAUGGAAAACCAAAGAAGGAAUUGCCGGACGGUGGUAAGAGGAAAGAGAUCAAGAAAGAGGAAUCACCUAAGAAAGAGGAGCUGCCGACGAGAAAGGAGGAGCCACUGAUAAAAGAGAAACGGGGAAAGAAACAGGUGCCUGAGAGCAGCAAUAGCGAAAGCAGCAGCAGUGAUAGUAGCAGCGGCAGCAGCUCUUCGGAGAGCAGCAGCGAUUCCGAUGUAGCUAAAAGUCCAAAACAGAAGAUGUCAAGCACUACUAAGGAGCCGACUUCCUCUUCAACCACUACUAAUACUACAUCCUCCGAAAGCGAUAAUGGUAAUCAGGUAAAGAACAAAACAGCAAAUAAACGACAUACAAUGAAUAAAGUCGCAGACGAAGCGGUCGAGACUGAGAAGAGGGCUGUCGCGGGGCGGAAACUCAAGAAGCUGCCCGAUAAGAAGCUUAAAACUUCCGACGGGCGGCGUGGACCAGAGUUUCAGCCGCCGCUUACUGAGAGAGAAGAAUCAGGUAGAACCGCAGUACCUAAGGAGCAGCAACAGGCUCAACAGGCGCAGCAGCAGUCCGGCAAGAAAGCCGAUCAAAGAGACUCCAAAAGAUCGGGAUCUCUGCAAUCGGGAUCCCAACAACCAGCUGAACAAAGUGUGCUCGGUGGCUCUCGAAAUAAUGAUGGGUUACGAGGUGUUUCUGGGGCCAAGUCUACCAAGAAGUCCAGCCAAUCUAUCAAGCAGACCCAACAGCAACCGUCUACUCUCAGAGGUAAGGACGACAGCGGCGCAGCGACGUCCAGAGCGAAAUCGGAGACUCGCAAACGAAAAUCGAGCGAAGUUAGUGCAAAAGAAGACAAGAGUAACAAGGAGACGUCAACGUCAUUCAAGAAAGUGGAAAAGAAAUUAAUGGAGAAGACGUCCAAGGAAACCGAGAAAGAUAAACAUGAUAUUACUAGUAUUAAAAAUGUUCCGGAAAUCUUAGAAUCUCCUAAAACGUCUGAGAGUACUUCUAAAAUGGAUGACAAAAAGAUCAAGAAAACAAGUAAUAAGAAUGCUAUCAAUACGCUGGAGGAAGAGAUGAAACAACGUCGGGCUGAACGAGACAGUCCGAAGAAGUCGUCAAGGGGUUUGGAUAAGCUUCUUGAAAAACGUGAACACCUUGACAAAUUGUCAAGGAGCAGGAUCGCCAUUCAGCAGGAGAGAUGCAACGAGGAAAAUAAAGACGUUAAAAUUGUGGCAUCCAUUGCGAAGGAGACUGUCAAGAACGAGGACAUUAAAAAUCACAUGAGCGAGGAAGUCGCGGUUUUAGACGCUAUGAAAUUUGAAAAGGAAGAUGUAAAGAAGAAUAUUGAGACUACAUUCGAGAAACCUUUGGAUAGAAAGAAGAAAACGGAACAAAAGCUCGAGAUUGAGACGCAGGCUGCUGUCGAGAUGAUCACGGUUGAAGACAACGUCACCAAGGAGCCAAACGAUAAUAUUUGUUUGAGGUCAAUGCCCGAUAAAGUUUCUACCGCAUUAAUAGAAAACGUGACGUCCGAGAAAGAGUGUCAGCAGAAAAGAAGAAAAUCCGUAAAUCGUUCUAUCUUCUCGCCGCAACACGGCAGCAAAGAUCCCAGCGUGUCGGAGCUGUUCGACUUUGAUCAAGACAUGUUGACCGACGAUAUAGUGAACGAUGACGGCUUCAGCAUAUCACGGGACGAAGAGCGAGGAGCGGCACCGCUCUCGUUCUCCUUCAACAAUGAACUUUGGUUUAAAGAGGACUCGAAGGAAGACAGUGCGCGGGAAACGCUGCAUUUGGUGGAGAAGCUGCGUAUGGAAUUAUCGAAGAAGUCGAAUUCUAGUCAGUUUGAGUUAGAAUCCGUUCCGGCGGAAGAGGAGCUUCCGAAAAAGGAGGAGCCGCUUCUUCAUCCGGCUGAAAAACCAACGGAAGAGCAGAUAUUGCUUCAAGAAAAGGUGGGCGUGCAGGAACAGCAAUCUGCAGUGGGGCAGCAGCAACCAGUUGUGCAGCCGGUCGAAAUUAAGAGUAUCAGCAACUCGGAAUCCGCGCAGAUGUCUGAGGAUCUUACAUGCAAGAAUCAUACUAUGGAGGACAAGAGGAAGCCUUGCUAUUCAAGCAACAGCAAUAACGAGCACUACAUAUAUGGAAACGAAGAACGUGAGACGGCCAAAGUGACGGUGGUGGAGCGUGCGAAGCUCGAUAGAGCCGAGGCGGACGAGAGAUGGGUGCCGCCGAGCAUGGAUAAUUUCAAUCCGAGCGACGUGCAACAUCUAAACACGCUAAUCGACAAUCAGAACCAUCGUUACGUUGCUGCGGCCGCCGCCGCUGCUCAUCAAUUCUCGAACGAUAUCGGCACCGUGAUACCGGAUUCUGCGGCGACUCCUGACGCAGCCCUGGUUGCGCAUCUCCAGCUCAACAUGCAGGACCAAUAUCUGCAGUUGCAGCAGGCGCAUCCGAUGGAACGAGUGCAACAACAUCUCGAGGCGCAGCAUGCCGUGGCGCAGGAGCAAUCACGCGUGCAGUCACUCGCGAUGAUAGAUCAGCAAAUGACGGCAGCCAGUGCGAUACCAACGCAAAUCGUGGACGAAAUUACGCCUAUGGAGAUGGUGAAUCGUCACCUAAUCGGCUUGCCCAAUUCGGAGGACGAUCAGGGCAGCGAGAUGGACCGCGCGUUGGACAAGGAAGACGUCUCAUCGGACAUCAGACAGGACUACACGCAGAGUGGAUCGCCCUACAACGAGCUCAACGGCCGACCGGACACGCGAUGGGCCGAAAGCCAGGUCUUACCUUCGCGACGGUCUACGUCGUCGUCCAUCACAUCUGCGUCUUCCGCGGAAGAGCAUGCGGCUAUUCCUCCUUACAAGAAUGUACCUCCGAUGUCUUAUCCGCCGUGUUCAAUGGAUGCGACGCCAUACCACUCGUACUCUGAGACCAGUUCUUACGGUGCCGGAGCGGUCUCACUGUUUCCGCCGCAGGCGUGUGCUGCCCCCUUGCCUUAUCCGUCACCGUUCCCACCACCCUUCGGUGCCCCUUUCCCAACGCCGCAAACUCUGCUGCCGCACGUGCCGAAGCCGCUUGAGGAGUCUCUCAAUAUAGGGGCGUCGCCAUGCACCGCCGCGUUUACCUCGUCGUCGCAUAACAUGGCCCUUACUGCGGCUAUGGUAUCGCCGACGAAGGUAACCACGCCGCCUCCACCACCGGUAUCGCAGCCACAACAACCGCAAUCACAACAGCAACAACAACAACAGCAGCAGCAGCCACCAACGACGCAACCAGCAUCCUCGGAAGCGCCGCCAUCGUCAGGGCAUACGCCAUCUUUGCUGUCGCAGCCGGCUAACUCGCCCUCCAUGCCGCCAUCCUUCCUUAAUACCAUCGCGGAAACACCGGCCAGCAACGAGACUGUCGUGGAGAAUGUAACUGAAGUACUUAGCGCGGACAAUAAGAGCGCGCCGUCUGGCAAGAAAUCACCAUCGAAACCGACGAGAACAUCCGCCAGAGUGACAUCUUUACAGGGCAAAUCACCUGGUAAAUCGCCGCGCCAGGAGACCACGAAAACUGCGCCGAGCUCUCGUGGUCGCAGUAGGAAUUCCAAGGGAUCCCAGCAGAGUUAUCGAAGUCGCGGUCGUGGUCGGGGUCGAGGACGUGGUAGGAGCAAUCAGAACUCGUCGAUUACGAUGGUACCGAUGUCGAACGCGCUACACAACGACGACUCUAUUCAGAACAAGUUGGUCGGCACUGUGUAUGACUUCGCCUCGGACGAGGAUUCGGCAAACGAGACCAACAUCGCGGAUUUGAGGACAAUGCGCGAGCGCAAGAAAUCCACCGACGUAAACGAAAAGAAUCGCGCGAACGAACCUCUUAGCGGCGUGGCGAACGAUGGCAGCAUCCAGUCCCAUUUGUCUAGUCCCACGCUGCACACCACGAAGAAGUAUGUUGACGACAAGAAACUCGCGUCACCUGCGGCGCAUCACGAUCACCAAACUGCCAUGGCCAAGUCCGAGUCGAGCACCAGUCAUCAAUUUGCCGACACGGUCAUGCCGCUGUUACCAGGUCCGGUGGAUAUGCGUACAUACAACUCGACCGUGGACCAGUCGAGUUCAUCGGUCCACGGUCAGCCGUACGGCAACCAUUUGUUAGGUAGCUUUGCCGCGAGCGUAAGUGCGGACUCGAACUUGCCGGAACUCGAUGAUUUAUUGCAUGGAGAAUGCUGCGUGUUAAAGAAGACUGCCGGUAAACAGCAACAGCUCGCAAGCGGCGGCUUCGAGGAGCCGUGCUCGAAACCGGGCUUCGGUGAUUCAUCGGCGAUAGAUCCAUCAUCCGUGUCCAGCUUCGACGCCAACAAGGUUUCCUUGACCGAUUCUAGAAAUCAAUUGAAGGUGAAAAUUAAAGGUCCAUUUCUUGAUGCGAACUAUACGCCGUCCACCGUAACACCGCUGACACAACAAACACCGGUGAUAAUUGCGCCGACCGCAACCAGCGUGUCCGUUGCUUCAGGCACUUCGAAUCUACGUCGCAUGCGAAAGAAGGAGCUGUUGCGCCAAUAUUGUUCGCAGGAUAUGAACAUGGAUGAUCCUGCGUGCGGUAACGUCGCCUCUACGCCCUCUAUUAUCAUUCCACCCAUCAAUCCAAAUCGUACAGUCAUUACCAUCCCAAAAGCCGUAGCUUCCAUGACAAGUAUACCGACUCGCGAGGACUACAAGGCAGUUGUUGAUGCGAAUAUGGAGAAGAAACGACGAAAAGAGCGCGGUGGCGGUGCGAGUGGCGGCAGUAGCUUCCUCGACGUAGUCGCUGGCGAAGAGGAGAGCAGUUCUGAUAGAAAGCGUGGUCUUGUGAUUGGCACGGUCAGCGAUCGUAGAAGAGGCAGGCAAACCAGACCGACUGCGACUACGGUGACGAACAGCGGGCCGCCGAAGCUGAAGAUUAAGAUCGGUAAUAGUAUAAUCGGUGGACAGGAGAUGGGUAACGCGCAGGACGAUCGUAGCAGAAUAAGGCCGCCUAAAAAGCGACUGAGUAGCAUCCCGAGCACGCCUAGUAUGGAGGAACUCCGUCGCGAAAGUAUGAAGUUCCGCAAGAUGAUCAUGGCAGGCUUCGAUAACGACGAGAAGACGAAGAAUAAGCGAGAUAAGAACGGCAAGCGGAAGAAGCGGCAGUCCAGUAAGAAGGAGGCGCGGGUGCAAAUUCUAGAGGGUGGCGCCGCGACACCCAAACUCAUCAUACGGUUGGGUAAACCAGGCGUCAAUUCUUCGGCGGCGAACGACGUGCCUAACAACGCACUUUUGGUCAGCGGUGGUGAUGGGGACAGCGGUCAGCAGCAGCAGUUAUCAUCGGACAGCAAGGACAGCCGAGUGGGUCCACCGCCUCCCGAGCCCGCUAAGGAGGAGACCGGCGUCUAUUCGAUGGAGAGCAACGUCGACGAGAAGCAGCCGACUGAUCAGAAUGCGGGUGUCAUCGCCCUCAAGAACAUCCGGUCGGCGAAGGUGACGCCGAUCCGGUUAAAACUGACUCGUUGUCAGGAGGGCUACGAACUGAAGGAUCCGGUGACGAGUAGCGCGAGUGUGGACAACAAUGGUGGUAGUGGUAGCAGUACUAGUGCGACGACGACGGUAACUUUGGUGAACUCGGCGGCGCCGUUGCCGAUCGGCGGCGCCGAGUCGGAGAAGGCGACGACGGUGGCGGCGAUGGCGGAACGUCUGUCAGCCACCGACGUCGCCGUCCCCGUCACCGAAACGAGAGCCGAGCAAGAGGAGCAGCAACCGCCGUGCAUGGAGAAGCAAUCUUCCAAAGAGGACGAUAUUCCAUUGCUGUCUCAGUCCGCGAAUCACAACUCGCCGGGGUGUCCGCCCGCACCGCUCCCGCAAGGAUGCCAAGUUAGGUGAUAAUUAAUGAUAAUUGUAUAAUACAGUAAUUUAGUGAUUCUUUCUUAGACGAUUUUCUGCGUGCGCGUGUGUAUUACGUACGCGUGCACGGCGUCGCACCACUCGUUUGUCGUGCUCGUACGUAAGAAUAUAUUCGCUACAUACACACUGAACACACGUUCAUUAUUCAUUCAUACACACACAUACACACACACGUGCAUACAAAAUAGAAUGUGUAUAUUGUUCAAUACUGAGAUAGAGACUCAGUAGAAAUGUUGUAAGAGUGUAAUAUAAAUUAUUGAUUAUUGUAAAUGAUCUGAGGGUGAAGUGAAAUUUCACAAAGUGCCCAAAAUUUACCGCAAAUACUAAAAAACACGUGCAUUUCGUCGGAUGUAUUGACGGUCCGCACUAAGGUGUCUCCUCGUUGCGUAAUCGUCGUUGUAAAACUAUCUCUCAUCUACAUAAGUGGAUACAUACCGUUUGUGCGCCCACUUUUCCUUCGUAGCACGACUCGUUUGGUCAGUCAAUCCCGACUAGAAAAUACAGUAACGUAAUGACCAUGUGACAUCGAUCAAUUUUUCAUAUUUUUUUUUUUUUUUUUUUUACGGAUAUUACAAGAAUUCUCUUUUAAAGAUCUUCUAAAGAUUUACGGAAUCGCUUCUAAAGAAAUUCCGAGAAGAGUAUGCUUGUCUAUCAACCAUAAUACAGUACUGUUAUUUUAAUUCACCUCAUAACUAUUUAUUACUUAAGCCUGUAGAACUUUACUCUGUAGAAACUAUGGAUGGAAAGCGAUAAGUUACAAGUAGCGUCGUUACUCGUUACUGUUACUUUGUUAUAAUAAUUUGAUAACGACGUUUUCCAUAAUAGUAAUAGUAAGAUCAGGGUCACUUGAUAAUCGGCUCGUUUCCAUUGAACGUUACUUAUUGAAAGAUACUAACGUAACGAGUCAAUUGACGAGUUACUUUUUUCAAUAAGUAAAGCACAAUGACAAUAACUCGUCAAAAGUGACUAUCCCUGGCGUUACCAUUACCGUUAUGAAAAAUUGUAACGUCAUUACAAAAUUGUUAUUAUAAAAAAAUAAAAGUAACGGCUAAAAAAGUCAUUAUUUGUAACGCAUUACUUUCCGUUCCUGGUAGAAACGCAACCCAGACUGAAUUCCUCCUUAAUGUUUGUCGACGUGCCACGCUCAAAGGAUUUUCUUACACUCGUCGAUGUGAACUCAAAGCAAUAUGAUCAGGCGUGGACAUAAACCGGUACGACGUAUGAACGAAGCUUCUGAUGAGAACAAGACUCGUGCUCGUGCGCAACGAUUGACACCUUAAUGAGGUAUCGCGGCAGCGACGUAAAAUUACCUUGUACAAGCAUAUUUCUCAAAUCACCGCUUAGGUCGUGAUUUUUAAAUGCUAGUUAUAACGAAUUUUAAUAAGCCACAAUACUAUUAUACAAUAUUUCGAGCGAUAUACGAUCGAUAUCGAUUAUUAAUGUGGUAAGAAGAGCGUAUACCAGCUGGAACGUGAAGCACCAAAUGAGAAAAGGGAUACGCAUUCUUUUUUUUUUUUUAAUUUUCAGAAUAAUUUACAGAAUAAAUUUUUUUGUUUUUACACAUCUAGGCACAUUUGUUUUUGUGCUUGAAAGGACAAGAAGGAAAAGAGAAAUAAAAAGGAUUUCGCGAUUUGGCAAUUGGAAUUUGCAUGCACUUUUUCUCGCGUUUGACAAUUGAAUUCAUUGUCAGCAAGAUGCUACAAUAUAGACAAUUUUGCUCUCGAAAAUCGUUCGUCCUUCUCUUUUAUUUUCUUUUUUCCUUUUUUUCAUUUCGUUUUUGCUUCACGCUGUGCAAUUCGCACAUACGAUCAUAAAGUUAGACGCGAAAUUUAAAGAUAUUUUUUUAUUAUAUUUUUUUACACGUUAUAAAUAUAUAUAUACAUAUAUAUAUAUAUAUAUAAACACAUAUAUAUUACGUACGCGCCUCUCGCGCGAUUUGUUACAUAGUUUUUUUUUUUAUAAGAUCCAACGCGUCAUUAUUAAUCUUCGAUUACCUAUUUUAUCCCUUUUCACGUUGUAGCUCUGCGUGUAUUUAUUUAUGAUGAUCAAUGUAAGGCGCUAUUUAUUCACCAUGUACUUUCCUUCGAAAGCUCCCCAAAAACGGAUUUUAGACGAUUUUUUAGUUUCCUUUCUUUUCUUUUUCUGUUUCUCUCUUGCUUUCUUUUUUCUUCUUAUUCUGUCUUUUUCUCCUUUUUCUAUCUUUUUCAGUUUCUCUCUAUUUAGUAUCAUCCCAAUUACUGUAUGCUGCACGUUAUUAUUACUUUUAUUAUAUAUUUCUUCUCUUUUUUACAUUAAGAAAUAUUAUUUUAAUCUCGCCGCGUAGAUAACAAGAGUUAUGCGUAUAAAAUACUCAUGAUCGAUGAAGCGGCGUGCCAUGUAUCGAUAUUUAAAAAAAGGAAAAGAAAAAGGGAUUGCGAUCGAAUUGUAAAAAUAAAACGAGAAAAAUUGUUUCCUCUCGAAUACACGUCACGUGCGUAGGUGAUUCGACGAAUCACGAGACACAAGAUGAAGAUAUUCCGUUAGUUCCGUACGAGGCCGAAGAACGACGCAUCAUCAUCAUCUUCACUCUUUUUAGAAAAGGAUUCCUGCAAAAGUUGCCCGUGGUUAAUCUUUCUUUUUCUACUUAUUGCAGUAUUUUAAUACGAGCAACAUUGUACAACUAUUGAUUCUAAAAUGCUAUGUUAAAUUACAAAUAUAUAUUUAAACAGAGGAACAUAAAAAACGUUCAAGGAUAAACAAUUGUUUGAAGACAUGAAAAAAUCGUUUCUGUACGCGUUGUAUGAAUCGUUUCUGUGCGCGUGUUUCUAUUUGUCCAAAUAAUUAUUUAACUGUAAAAUUUGAAGAAUAAUAGUAAUAACAUAUCCAGUUAGGAUGUAGAUAAUAGAAGGAAUAAGGAACGAAGAGUAAAGAAUAGUUCAAUAUGUUGAAUAAGGAAAAUAUGAGAUAUUCUUUUUCCAACAUGUUGAACUUUCUUCUUCUCUAUUUCCUAUUUCUUAAUCCUUCUAUUGUGUCUGCACCCUUGCACUUUACGAAAAUGAUCCUAAUGAAAAGAAUGUGUACAGUAUCUGGCUAUAAAGUUUCCGAAUUGAUUUUUUUCUUGGAAAGAGACAAAUAGAGCUAUGUAUCAGCCGAAGUAAAAAUAAUUAAUACGAAGUUGUGUGCCUAACGUGCAAAUUUUAUUAUUAUGGAAUUAGUAAUUAUUGAGUUUUACUCGUUUCGUUUUAUGAGUUUUUAUUUGCAGUUGCAGUUUUACUAUUUAAAAACGAGCAUGUAUUGAAAAUGAAUUUUUAACGAUUGUACUAAUUAGUAAGACUAUGUUUGUUUGCGAGUUGGAUAUAAAACACCAUGUUUGUCACUAGUUGCAAUCGUUAUUAAAAAUUCUUUCUAUACACGCUCGUUUUCAAAUAAUAAAACUGUAGCUGUACAUAAAAAUAAAUUGAAACGAGUAAGAACUCACUAAUUAUUAAUUUGAUAUUAAUAAAAUUUGAAUAUCUUGGGCACAAGGCUUCAAACUAAUCAUUUUGGCUAUCGAUUGAUAUAUAGGUUCCAUUUGUCUUUCCAUGAAAAAAAAACAGGUCGAAAAUUUUAUAACUAGACCGUGUAUAUGCGAAAGAUACUAUAGAGAUGUGUCUCUAGAAAAAAAAAUCUUUGAUACAUUCUUAAGAUGUUCGUGUCUCUUUGUUAUUGUAUCUAUUUAUUUUUCGUGUCUUUUUGUUAUUAUAUCUUGGUAUGUAAAGGUAUUGAAGAGAGGAAUUGGAACUGAUAGUUAGAGGUGAGACGUGACGAAGAUUAGCGACAACUGAAGUCGAUUGCGUGCAAUUGUGGGGUUUGUGAAACACCCAAUAAGCGAAACUGAGAUUGUUUGCGUUUACACCAGAGUCCAGUUGUGCGCGCCGAUUGGAAUCUUACCGAUUGCUGAUCCUUUUGGUAAACGUGCAAUUGUCCGUAGAAAAGUCCUUCGUCCCGGUCCCCAUAUAUUAUCGAUUGUGGAGUGAAAACAAUCAUGGGAGCCGCGUAUUAGAAAAGGUGAUGAAUUUUUAAUAAUAACGAGAGAUUUUUUACACACACGUUUGAAUAAAAAUGGAAUAAAAAUCUGUGGGGGAUACGGAUGUCGAGGUAAAAACUGAGUAAAAGCAUGACAAAAGACGGAUAACGAAAUUUCCAUGCAAGCUCAAAGUUAUCCUUUGUUUGGAAAUGGUUCCCAACUCACUUUUCACUCUACAAUUGUAACGCGACGCGCAGGAUAAGAAGAAAUUGUACAUACUCGUAUAUCAGAUAAGACACAGGAAUCUGUAAUUGGUAUGAAGUUUAUAACGGCUGUGUUACCGUAUGAAUCUAAUCUUCCAGAUGGUUUUUAGUUGCUCUCUUUCUUGGAUGCGAGCGUAUUGAAGAAAAGUCACAAAAAGAAAACAGAAAAAGAAGAUAAAUGCAUGAUCGCGCCGAAAGACUCGAUACUUCUUCCAACAAAGAUCAUAUAAUCAUAUUUAGGAAUGGGAAGUAAAGAGUAACAAGAAACCAUUAUUUUUUUUUUUUUAGUGAUGAUUUAGUACUGACGUUAUAACUUUUCAUUACGAUAAUGGUAACUCAGGAUUGGAAUAGUCACUUUUAGCAAGUAACUUAUUGUUACCAUUGAAAAACAGUAGCUUGUAACUUCGCUCCUUGACUCUCAUAACGUCACGACUCAUUGAGUCAAUUAAUGAGUUACUUUUUUUCUGUGAGCCUUACUAUUAUCGUAUAUGUGAACGACGUGUAUAUUUUGUUAUUCCUUAUCCGGAAUGUUUUUGAGAUAACGGCAUCAUUGACGGAUAUAGAAAUAAGUUUAUCGUUGAUUUUAGAUGUCUUGAUAGAAUCAAUAAUUUUAUUAAAGUACACAAGUACAAAACGGAGUUUAACUGUACUAGCAAUGUCGUUUAUAAGAUCACUUGUGACGCCUCGUAUGUAGGGCAGAUAAAGCGACAGCUGAGGACUAGAAUAAAAGAGCAUCUUGAUAACAUUAAACUUGAUAACAUUGAACUGAUCCAUCCAGAUAUUCCGUAGUAACCAGCCAUAGAAUUGUUUCAAAUUAUUCGUUUGAUCGGGACAACAUAAAAAUUCUUGACUCGGAAUCAAAUUUCCAUAAACGUUAAAUUUCCGAAGUGACACAGGUAAAACGGCAAACGGAAUACAAAGGCACGGAACUUCUGGAUGAUUCUUAUUUUUGUUAAUUGACUCGGCAACGGCGUUACUCGUAAUUUCCAUUCUCUGAUAUUUUAAAAGGAAGGUGUUGUAACGCGACUUGUUAUCGAUCGACGAACUUUCGGAGGUUGUUCGAGGAUGAAAAUAAAGGAAAGUACAGCAAAAAAUUGACACCCCCCCCUCAAAAAAAAAACAUUUAUUUCAUGAUAUCCUCGUAACUUUUAUCUUGAUUGCUGGCAAAUUCCCUUGAUCUUCUCCAUCGCGCAUUUUAGCGAAGCUCGCGUGGAUGUACCAAAAGAGAGUUGUUGAUUUUAACGGUAAAUUCUUGUAAUCAGAAAAGUAUCUUCCAUGUAUAUUGCAUACUUGCGCGAACAUGUUGGUCUGAAAAUAGUUUUUUGCCGCGAUCUUGCGUUCCUAUGAAAAGGGUAAAAAAGGGUAGAAAAAAAAGGAGAGAAUGAGAGAAUGAAUGAAUUGCAUACGUGUGAGAGCAAAAGAAAGAGAGGUGGCAGAGAGUGAGAAGGAGGGAGAUAGGAAGAGAGUUUGGCGAUACCGUUUCGUCCCAAUUCUUUAUUAUCAUAACUCUUUAUUUUCUUGUUAUAAAGCGCAAAGAAAAAAAAAUCAAAUAAGAUGAAGUAUUGUUUAGCGCGUCGGCGAUCUUUGCGCGCUCGCCGGCGCCCUGAAAUUCUCGCCGAUCGCGGAAACGAGUCCGGUCUCUGCGGUUUCUCCGGCGCGUGUCGCGCACGAUCAUCGAUCGACCGCGGAUGAAUCAUCGAUCAACGAGCCGACACGCGCAAAAAAAAGUUGAAUCGGCUUAGACGUUUCCGCGAACGAGAGGAUUUUUCCAGACAUACCUUCAUACCUUACAUAUACCGCAUUGUACAUUUUUUCAGUGAUAAGCAGAGUUUUAAGAGCCUAUUGUACAGAAUUAUAAAGAAUAAAUAUUUGGUUAAUUUUUAAUCGUUUCAUACAUAUAUAUAUCGAAAUAACAAUUACUCGAAUAACAAAUAAAUUUAAUAUUAUAUAUAUAUAAAUACGAAUAUAUAUAUAUAUAAAUAUAUAAAUAUAUAAAUAUGAACAUAUAUAUAUACAAAAUAUAAAUAUAUAGAUAAUUUUAUUAUAUAAUGCAAAUGAGUAAUAUGAUAUUUAGUUAUUGUAUAUAGUGUAAGAAAGCUGAUCUUGUAAGAUACAGAUAAGGUGUUUUAAUGUGCACAUAGUCGCGUCAUUGUCAAUGAUCAUAUUAUUACGAUUAAUAAUAAUUACAGUUUUUUACA